AUGUCCAAUUUAUUUUUAGAUAGCGAGCACGCAGAGCUGUACCGCAAAUACCGACCCGGCUAUCCGAAAGAAGUAUUCGAAAUUAUCGAUCGGAAGUUGACUGACAUUACCGCUAAACUGCCUGAUGAUCUUAGGGAAAAAUAUAAAAGGAACGAGCGUGGAAGAUGGAACAAGGCGUUGGACGUUGGUUGCGGGACAGGGCAGGCAACACUCAUGCUGGUGGAUUUCGUGCAAGAGACAGUGGGUAUCGAUACUAGUCAGUCUCAGAUACAGCAGGCUACAAUUGAAUAUGGAAGAAAUGAUCCAAGCAGAGUGACCUUUUUAUGCAUAGAUGCGUUGAAAAUAUCAGAGUCCUUCAAAGAGGAUAGUGUGGAUUUAAUACUAGUUUGCCAAGCGAUACACUGGUUCGAUAGGCCCAAGUUUUUUGAGGAAUGUCUGAAAGUGUUGAGGCCUGGAGGGGUCCUAGCCCUGGUUGGCUACGGGGUGCCAGUUUUCGAUGAUGGACUGAUCGAGAACAUAAAUAUGGAGUACGUAGACAUAUCACUGAAAGGAUCGCCAAUAAGAUCUACAAUUGAUGAUAAAUACGCCAUUGUUAUCGGAGAACUGAGAUCUGUAUUUCCUACCGUUGAGAGAAAUGAUACAGUAGUUCAAAAACUCGAGACGACGGUAGACGAUUACGUUGGGUUCCUGAGCACCUGGAGCAACUACAGAUCCUACAAGAGGACCAACCCUCCCUAUCCAGACGUACUCGAAGCUUUUAGCGAAAAAAUAAAACAACUGGCCCCUGGCGACACUUUGCUGAAGAGGAAGAUCGAUUAUUUUAUCGUCAUCGGCGCUAAAUAA